AUGGCCGAACCAACCGUUCAUAUGUUGCCGCCUAUGGUUCCUUCGGUCUCGCUACAUCUCGAUAACACGCUCGGCGUGAUACUCAUUUCCGAAAUCCUGGCGGCAAUACUUUUCGGUAUCACGAGUGUGCAAGUUUACGUCUACUUUCACCGAAAUCCUCGCGAUAGUGACCUGAUGAGACGAACAAUAUUCUUCCUAUGGGUUGUUGACGGUCUUCAUCUCGCGUUUACCUCACAUAGCGUGUACUACUAUUCCGUAACAAAUUUCAUGAAUCCGCUUGCCUUGACACAGUGUCCAUGGUACGUUUCCUAUUUAUCAUAG